CGUGCGUAGAUAAACGAACAGAGAUAGGGAAAGGGGGAGGUAUGACUGUUAUUCUGUAGCCUGGUGUUGUAAGCCGAGCCGAUACCCUGUGCUCACCUGGGAAUCCUCAUCAGCCGUUCAGCAGGAUGCCUCAGAGGAAAAGGAGUUUCACAUUUGGAGCUUAUGGAGGAGUUGACAAGAGCUUCUCCAGGACCAGGACCUUGUGGAAACAAGAUGGAAGGAUUCCUCGUAUCUCUGAUGAAGUAGAGCCCUCACUAGCACACGCCCACCCUCCAUUUCCUCCUCCCCCACUUUCAAAGGGUUGCAGAAUGGAUGAGCAAAGAUGCCCCCUCCCUCCGCCCCUCAAAGUGAGUCGCAAAUCCUCACAUCUCCUCAGAGACCACAGUCUGACAGAAGAGGACUACAUCCCUUAUCCCAGCGUCCACGAGGUUCUGGGUCGCACGAGCCCCUUUCCACUCAUCCUGCUGCCCCAGUUUGGCGGUUACUGGAUCGAGGGGACCAAUCAUGAGCCUAAAGACCCACCAGAGGCCGAUCAACCCCCCUGUCCUACCUCCCACGUCAAAUUGGAGACAAACAGCCUCGCCAAGAUCUACAGGAAGCAAUUCAUGGGCAAGGAACACUUUAAUUAUUACACCAUGGAUGCUGCCCUGGGCCACUUGGUCUUUUCCAUGAAGUAUGAUGUCAUUGGGGAUCAAGAGCAUCUGCGUUUGAUGCUUCGCACUAAGCUAAAAACCCACCACGAUGUGAUCCCUAUUUCCUGCCUUACCGAGUUCCCCAAUGUGGUUCAGAUGGCCAAGCUUGUUUGUGAAGAAGUAAACGUGGACAGGUUUUAUCCGGUCCUCUACCCAAAGGCAUCAAGGCUCAUUGUCACCUUUGACGAGCAUGUGAUCAGCAACAACUUCAAGUUUGGGGUUAUUUAUCAAAAGUUUGGCCAGACAUCAGAGGAGGAGCUGUUUGGGAACAUGGAAGAAAGUCCCUCCUUUGUGGAGUUCUUGGAGUUUCUGGGCCACAAGAUUGAGCUUCAUGACUUUAAAGGGUUUCGGGGUGGACUGGAUGUCACUCACGGGCAGACAGGAACAGAAUCCGUCUACACAAAUUUCCAUAAUAAGGAGAUUAUGUUCCAUGUGUCCACCAAGCUGCCUUACACAGAGGGAGACUCACAGCAGCUGCAGAGGAAGAGACACAUAGGCAAUGACAUCGUAGCCAUCGUGUUCCAGGAGGAGAACACGCCCUUUGUACCAGACAUGAUCCAGUCCAACUUCCUGCAUGCGUAUGUGGUGGUGCAGGUGGAGAACGCGUGUACAGACAACGUCACCUACAAGGUGUCUGUGACAGCGCGGGAUGAUGUACCUUUCUUUGGCCCUGCACUGCCUGACCCUGCAAUCUUCAAAAAGGGCCCAGAGUUCCGAGAGUUCCUCUUCACCAAGCUCAUCAAUGCAGAGUACGCCUGCUACAAGGCUGAGAAGUUUGCCAAGCUUGAGGAGCGCACACGUUCAGCCCUGCUGGAGACUCUAUAUGAGGAGCUGCACAUCAACAGCCAGUCCAUGAUGGGUUUGGGUGGUGACGACGAUAAGCUGGAGAACGGGGCCGGAGGAGGAGGAGGAGGCUUCUUUGAAUCCUUCAAGCGGGUCAUCCGCAGCAGAAGCCAGUCUAUGGACGCCAUGGGCCUCAGUAACAAGAAGUCACACACAGUCUCCACUAGUCACAGUGGCAGCUUUACCCACAAUCCCGCAGAGAGCCCCAAAACCCCAGGGAUUUCAUUGCUUGUUCCAGGGAAAAGUCCCAGUAAAUAUGGACGCCGAGGCAGUGCCAUAGGGAUAGGAACAAUAGAAGAGUCAUUGAUCAUUCCUGGGAAAAGCCCGACCAGGAAAAAGUCGGGGCCCUUCAGCUCCCGCCGCAGCAGCGCCAUUGGCAUCGAGAACAUCCAGGAGGUCCAAGAGAGGAGCCGAGAGGUGUCACCCAGCGCCCAGAGGACACUGGAGGGUGGCCACUUUUCGCAGGAGAACAAAUCGGACAACUCCUCCAGUCACAGCUCUCCGGAAUUCCCUGCUACUAAGAACAGUUUGGCGAUGUGUUGCAGGGCGCCGUCCAUCCCCGAGGCUCAGGACCUUUCCCGCUCCUCCUCCAACGCCAGCAGCUUCGCCAGUGUAGUGGAGGAGCACGAGAACGAGCACGAGGCAGAGGAGGAGUACGAAACUGGACUGGAAAGUGUGUCUUGUGUUACACCACUCAAGGGAGAAUCAUUCGUGUACAGCUCUGCGGCGGAGGACAGUGCAUGCAGUGCCAGCCAGGGAAGUUUUCCAGCAGCUUCUCGUCUUCAGCAGCAGGCGGACGGAGUGAAGACAUCAGAGCCAAAAGGGACAGACAGCCGGCCCAAGACAGAGCGCCCCUCGCAGGAGCACAAGUUCUCAUCGAACUGUUAGCCACACUCCUGCUCACUACAUCGAUGCCCAUCUUCAGCAUUCCCAUAAGAGGCAUCUCUUGCCAAAAACGAGCCAAGGCCAUGUGAACUCCACCACUGACGCAGAAGAGGAGCAGAGUUAGAAGCCAGAUUCUUGAUCUGGCUCACAGAUCUCCCUUUGAAUAUUUGGCAUGGACCUGCUGCCUGUCAUGACAGACACCCAGCUCCAUGGACAUGUAUCUACCUAUUGCCCUCAUUCCAGCUUCACACGGAACCCUCCUUGAAUGCUCUAGGCAAAGGAAAAGAGACCUCCGCACCCAUGCAGCACCACUACUGACUCGUCCAUCGGCCGGCUUAGCAGAAUAAGUCCGACUACCUGCUCAUUCUUCAGGCCAGUAAGCUCUGAAUCCUGUAAACACUCAAAUGUCGUGUGUCCUCUGUGAAAGAUCAGGGGAUUCAAUCUGUGCGGUGACAAAAGUCAAGACCGAUCAAACAGCCGCUGUUUGUUUAGCUUGUAAAUCAGUCUGUCAAGAGAAGAGUUGCACUAGAGAGAACUACAUUUUUUUAAAUGUCAACCUCACAUCCCACUGUGAUAUUGUACAUGGGUUCAACUUUGAUGUACCAGGUGUGUGUGUGUGUGGCUGUCUGUCGGGCCACGUUUUGUGUUUUAUUGAUGAUCUGUUCUUCUUCUGAGUAUUCUGCAGUGGAUAUUUGUCGUGUUUUACGACAGCUUUGGUAAAUCUGUCAUGUUUUUGAUGGAGGGUACUUCUGUGAUGCCGUUGUCGGUGGCUGUCAUAGCAUCAGUCACCUUCCUUCCUCCUAGGUGGUCGAAUAUGCCACAGAAAUUCAUUUGCAAUUUUUAAAUUCAAAAUUUAAUCGUACCACAAUAGGUCUGUAGAAGAAAAGGGAUGUUUUAACAGAAACGUAGAUUCUAUUGAUGCUUUACAAUUAGAGUAAAAAGUGUAAUUACUGUAGUGCCCCAACCACCAACAUGCAUCCUCAAUCCACACUUCAAGGUACUGCUGUUUAGACCUUCGCUUCCAAAUGCGUUUCGUCACACGCCACUUGUUGAUUUGAUGUCUGUGUACGGGUGUGUGUAUACAACGGUACUGUGCAUGGUGUAAAUCUGCUUGCCAAAACCUCUCCUCUGUACACUGGUGCCAUGCUUGACAUAGAGGUGUUGUCCCUGUGAUUUGUGUUUUACUGAAAACCAGCCAACAUCUCCAGAUGCAGCGCACAUUGCUGAUAGAGAGCCAAAUGCCACCGUUUUCCUACUUUAUUUGUAAAAUGUCCGUAUGUGACCUAAGCACUACAUUUUCGGAGUUGUUUCGAAGCGCUUACCUUUUUGAAAAAGCCUGAUUUGUUGCCGAAUAUGAAUUACACUGUGACUCGUCUUGAAGUUGCCUUUCUAAUGAUUGUGUCGCAUGAGCUGCUUUGAUGGAGGGUCCUAUUUUAAAGGCACUGCGUUGCCAGCUGGCUUGAAUGUAAAACUAGGCA